CCCUCUGGGCCCGAAAUCUCGCGAGAGUGUCACAGAGAGUGGGAACGCCUCCCUUUUCCGGCCGGAGCCUGCUGAGGUGAGGCGCCUUCGCCGUCCUUCCGAGGCCUGUCGCGCUUUCUAGCCGGACGGAGCCCGUCAUUCGCCCUUGAAUUGGAAAGGAUGAGACCACUCCAGGAGAGAAGUGAGAGCUCUUCAAGCAAAGAGCCUCUAGACAAGUGUCUUCGAGCGAAGAAGGACUUGGAGACUGCAAUUGCUGAAAUAGUCAAGGCUGAACAGCAGGUUAAAGACAACUGGAGAGAGGUAAAAGCCCAGAUUCACAGCUGUAUAAGCCGCCACCUGGAAUGUUUGCGCAGCCGCGAAGUGUGGCUACUGGAACAGGUGGAUCUCAUCCAGCAGCUGAAGGAGGAAGCCUUGCAGCAGCAAGCACAGCAACUCUUUUGGUUGUUAGGACAAUUUAAUUGCCUCAUCCACCAGUUGGAGCAGCCUCACAGCAAUGACCUUGCCAACCAGAUUUCAGUGUGCUUGGAAAGAUUAGGCAAUUUAACUCUAAAUCCAGAAGAAACUUCCAUCCUAAAUUUUGAAGCUGACGUGCCAUUUCUUCGCCAGGCUAUCACAACAUUUGGUUCAAUCACCACCAUGCAAACCUCCGACAAAGAAGACAGUGCUCCUUGGAUUUCUGUACAGAAUUGUCCUGUAACAGCCAAACCUGAACAGAAACCCUUGUCUGGUUCAUUUGGUUGUCCACUCUCUGACUGGCUUCUUGGAAACAAACCUGCAGCGAGUGCCUCCUCUGCUCCAUAUGUUCCUAGCAACAACUACGAGGACUGGCUGUUGAAACCCUAUGUGCCAGAGACCAGUCAGGAUUUCAAGUCCUCCAAAGUGUGUUACUUGGAGGAGGCAUGGGGAAAUCUGAAAAACCUGGAGAACUGGCUUUUGCAAACCCACCAGCAAGAUGUUCCUGAAUACAUGGAUUUCCGCCUGCGUAAAUGUUCUACCUCUACUAUUGGCUCCACCUUUUCUAUUGAAAAAAUAGAUGAGCUGGAGAUCCUGGAGCAAGAAGAGAGUGAUCUUUCUGACUGGCUACUUACUCCUCCUGAACCAGAAAACAAGAAUGCCCCAGCAGAGAAGUGGAAGCAUGUGCUCAAGCCUUUUCGGGAAGAGUACAGUCUGAACGACUGGCUCUCCAAAGCGGAUUCCUGCAGCAAUUGUUGCGGCAACCAGGCCAAGGGCAUGGAGAUAGAAAACCUUGGCAAUCUUAAGUGCCUUAGUGAGCACCUUGAGGGGAAGAAGUCAACCGCCAACGAUGCCUGGCUUUUGCAGCCUUCAUUUAAAGUAGAAGAUGUAUGUCGAGCGAAUGAGUUGUGCUCCAGCUUUUCAGAGUGUGUGUGUGAUGACAAGUGCGAGAAGGAAGCUCUCUGCAAGUGGCUCCUUAGGAAAGAAGGCAAGGAUAAAAAUGGCAUGCCAAUGGGACAGACACCCAGCCAAGUCACUGAGCCCGAGAUAGUGAAACCUGCAGGGGACAACGCCUGGCUCCAUUUGUCUCAGCAGUCAGUGGAGGAAGCAACUUUCCUUGAAGCACAACAACAACAGAACUGUGCCAUUCUAGAACCAUUGAAAGAAUUGCUCAAAACCCCUUUGUCGUCCUGGUUGGCCAGAUCAGAAAUCAUAGCGCCGAGCACAGAAGAGAAGGCGAGCAGAGAGAAAGCGGAAAUGAGCUGUAAGAGUUCCCUUCUGGAAUUCCUGGAACCAUUCCACCUCCCUUUCAAUGCAAACAGCUGGGUGUUGUCUUCCAAGAGCACAGAAACUUCCAACCAGCCUCCCCUAGAAGACAAAUGGUUGCUACGCAAAAAGGCACACGACUGUGGUCUUCCUACCGUAUGUGAUCUAUUCACCUGUAUGAAGUUAAAUGGAGAUAGAGAAAAGUGGCUAUAUCGGACUCCCUUGCAGUUGUGAAAAGUCCGAACCAUCUGAACAAACAUCACCUUCCUGCUGACCAUCGCACAUUUCUUCUGAGUGAUUUCAGUGUACUUCAUUUCUAGUUUGUGUCUGACAUAUGCCUCUUCCAGACUUGGAUGUUAACUUACAUGUAGUUGACUGACGGCUGCAAAGUUGACUUGCACACAUGGAAGCAACAGUUCCCUUGUAUGUAUCCCAUGGAGGGCUAUGGUGUGAAGAUCUUUCCCUGAAGUCCUUGCAAUUGUGGAGACCAAAGCUUGGAGUCAUUU